CCAUAUUACAAUAAUUUUGAUUGCAUUUAAAUGCUGCAUGUACUCUUCGUUUCGAUCUUUCGGUUACUACAUUUUUCAAAUUUCUACUACUACAUUUAUUGCAUAUUUGGCUCGUCAUAUACUCAUCUACCAUCACCAAUUCCAAACUCUUUUCAUUGUGCUUUUCAAAAGCCUUUUUGAUAAGACGAAUGGGAGCCGAUGUAGCUCCUCUCAUACUGCUGCUACACAUUCCAUCACAAAAAGCAAUAAUUUUUCUGUUACGCUUUUCGAUAUGAUGAAGAAGAGCAGGAAGACCAUAUUUAUUUUUGCUUUCAACAGAUGGAUUUUUUUACCCCAGUGGAUGCCUUUGGAUUGUAUUUGCUGCUCUUGUAUAACAAAUGUUUGCAUAUUUUAUGGACGUCUUUUAUGUUUUCGGAUGUGGGUUUUGUAUUUUAACUCGGAUGACCAAUGUGAAUACUGUUGGGUAUAAUAGUUAUAAAAGUGAUCGUGAUGUAUUGCACUCACCAGCCACCUUCAUUGUAGUACUUUGUUAGAUCAUGAUACAUACUAAGUUUUUCUUGACAAGCUUUUG